CUAAGGUCAGUAAAGACUAAUAAAUUAAAGAAGAAGAAGAAGCGUCGCACUUGCUAUUUCCGGAGCGAAAUUACGUCAUGUCUUUCUUUUCCACCUCAACGCGGACGAACUGUUCGUCUUCAUUCAUUUUGACAAUACUGGAGAUAAUGGAGCUUUAUCGAAAUAACGAAGUAUUCACUUGUGUGAAUGACCGAAUACGCAUGACGGAACGAUGCGUGCUAUCCCGGGUUUGACGGCGAUGGAGCGCCGGCACACACGAGGGAAGCGAAGAAGGAAGGAGAAAGUGCAACCGGGAGCGAAUGGGUGUGAAGGAGACGGCAGGUUGGAGGAAGGCACGAGGACAACGAAGCGAAUACAGUGGAAAUGCAGAUUCAGCCCGUUAGGCGAAAGCGUUAGAUGGACAAUACCUUCAAUUCCACGAGCUUCUCCUCCACCAUCGUUUGACUAUACGUCCCUGGCAUCGCGCAUGGUGGGGACAGCAGAAGCGGAGACAGAGGGUGUCGGUCGUCGGGUCGGCGAACAGUGGCGAGCGAACUCGUACACCAGCCACGGGUCGAGCGAGCUCGAGCGAGCUCGAGUGAAGGAGCUCGUGUCGUCGAGGAGCUCGCAAACAUCGAAUCGCGAGGAGUUAUCUGUUAUCUCUAUACGCGAAAGGAAUAUCGAGCUUCGGUGGAAGGACCCUCUCAUGGAAGGUCAUCUCGACUAGCGUCUUCUGGUGCAACGUUUCGGAGUUUGCACGAUUAGCGGACUCGUGGCAUCCGAAACUAUCGGGCGGGUGCGAAACUAUCGAUAGGACGCCCGGUCUUGCUCCAAAGGCAAACGCGAUGUGACAAUUUCAUUAACAUCGGUCCAGAAAUAGCGACGGAGAAUCGAUCGGACAAGAGGGCGAGAAGACAAGUUUCACGCGUCGUUUAACGGCAUUGCGUGUCAUUGUUGUCUCACGGUAUUACACGUUUCCGCUGCGGAUGCUGGCUGCCGCGGACGUCGAUAUUCUCUCCUCCCGAAGGUCUCGUAUAUAUUUCGCGCAACAAGAAUAUCGCCAAUAUCGUCGCUAGUGGAUAGACGUCACGGCGGAUAGAACCGAGGACGGAGUUUCGCAAUCGUUUUUCGCUGCAAUUAUUGAAUCCGAGCCGGAUAUGAUGCUGGACACGUGUGUCAGACGCACCGACGCGUCGGCGUCGUGACGUCCGCGUUCUAUAGUCGUCUUAUCGACCUAGAUACUACGAUGCCGAAUACAUUCUCGCACGCGAGAUCUCCCCUCGGGGAAGAAUCUUAAAAUUGCCCCGCGAUCGACGUCUCGUCAACCCAGAUCGGACAAUUUCCAAAGUGCGCCGCGUCGAGAUGUAAAUCAUGUAGAUCGUUCCCACGCGUCGAUGACGAGGUCGGAGCAAUUCGCGCGAAUUGCACGGAACGAGAUAGAAUCGACGCGGUGUGAUUCGGAGGAUAUGUCACCACCGAGCGUGAUCGAUUCCAACUUCGCGAUGAGCGGUCGUCUGGUCCCGGAGACGACGAGAAGUUGCCGCGAAGAGUUCGACGAGACCAUCCGCACGGUCUCGGAGCCGGAAUGCUCGAAGAGGAGGAUCGACUCGGCUGGGACCGGCAGCACCAGGUCCGUCCCGGACGCUCGCUCGGCUCGUCAGGGCUUCUCCAAGGGCUCCGCCUCUCUGCAGAGCCUGGUUCGUCGAAGAAGUCGCAGGCACGGCGGCUCGUCCCUACCUUCGGAGAUCGAGCUGUCCUCGAGGCAGGCCGUCUACCCCAUCGCUCCAGCGGACUCGACCAAGGACACGGCAGUCUUCCGGAACGAGGAGGAGCCGCGAACCACGACCUCGAAUCCGACCCAGGAUGUCUCCUCGUCGGCCAGCAACGCGGCCACCACUACGGGAAGCAACGUCACGUCGACGACCAACGGCGGCCGCUUCGGCAACGCGACCGUUUCUCUUCUAAGAGCGACCAGCGUCGCGAAGCCGGGUCCUUCCACGUCCUCAUCCUGGAAUAAUUCCACCGAGCAGCAGGAGAGCGAUUACGUGGUCGACCCCGUGCAGGGAAACGCUUACUACAAGGGCCAGUUUCUCGGAAAGGGUGGCUUUGCGAGAGUCUACCUAAUGACUGACGUCAGUAACGGGAACCAAUACGCGUGCAAGAUCAUUCCGAAGAAUCGAAUGCAGAAGAUCCACAUGCAAAAAAUCGCGCGUGAGAUCAUGAUCCACAAAGAGCUGAAUCACGUGAACGUCGUCCAGAUGCAUCACUACUUCGAGGACAAUCUCAACGUUUACAUGCUUCUAGAGGCCUGUCCACGAAAGAGCUUGAUGCACGUGCUGAAGUACCGUGGCAAAGUCACGGAACCGGAAGCGCGUUACUAUAUGAAGCAAAUGGUGACCGGCGUCGCGUACAUCCACUCGCAGAAAGUCGUUCAUCGGGAUCUCAAGCCGGGCAACAUGUUCCUGUCGGACCGGAUGAUCGUCAAGAUCGGCGACUUCGGACUGGCGACUAGACCCGACGGUCAACGUAGACGAGUGACGAUAUGCGGCACGCCGAAUUACAUCGCGCCGGAAGUGCUGUACAAGCAGGCGUACAGCUACGAGGCGGAUGUUUGGGCGUUGGGCUGCAUAUUGUACGCUCUACUGGUGGGUCAGCCGCCCUUCGACACUGCCACCCUCAAGGAAACGUACGCUAGGAUCUGCAGCAAUCAUUAUCGCGAGGUGGACGACAGUAUCGCGAGCAGGAGCGGCCAGGAUCUAAUCAGAUGGCUGCUGCAAUCCAACCCCGAGCUACGACCGAGUCUGGAGAGGGUGAAGGAACACGCUUAUCUCACGAAGGAAUACGUGCCGGCGUCGUUGCCGCAUACUUGCUGUUACCAGAUGCCACCGACGUCCAUCAUUGAGCCACCCUCGUCGCCGUCCUCGGUCUCUACGGUCGCCAGGAAUCAGCAGGAAGCCAGCAAGUCGCAGAUGUGGCAGCAGAGUGUCGUCCAUUCCGACGUGGGAUCGUUGCGUUAUCCGCAACAGCAACAGCAGCAACAGCAACCAAUUCAAGCACAACAACAGCCUCAACAGUUGAAUCUGCUGAAUCGUUCGCAGAAGAGCCUGCAGAAGGAAUCCAAGGUCUCGAGCUGGUUGGUCAGAAAAUUGCCCAAGCUGCCGCGAUUCCGACAGCGACUCAGCAGCGUGCUGUGCCCGGAUCACAAGAAGACUGGCCUCGUUGCGCAAAGUGUGCAGAUGCAUCGCGCUCUAGAGAUAUGCGUAACAGAGAUGAAACGACACAAUUGCGCGUGCAAUCCGCCGACCGUGGAGGAUAUCGUGCCGCUUUUCGUCACCAAAUGGAUCGAUUAUUCAAAUAAGUACGGUCUGGGCUUCCAACUCUCCGACAGGUCAGUCGGUGUGCUCUUCAACGACAACACGAAGAUCAGUUACACUCACGAUAGAAGAAGAGUGGAGUACAUGACGACCGACGACGAGCUGACGCGAUAUCACCGAGAGAGAGACGUGCCGAUGCCGUUGCAGAAGAAGCUCGAGCUACUUCGUCAUUUUACCGAGUACAUGGACGAUUUCCUGACAGAAGGUGGUGAGCUGAAAAAAUAUCGCGCACCUCCGAGACAGUCGAAAAACGCUUGUGUGCCGCGAAUGAGACGGUGGCUGCGUACGGACAAGGCCAUCGUGAUGGAGCUAACGGUACCUCUCCUGCAAGUGAACUUCUUCGUGGAUCACACGAAGAUGGUGGUGUCGCAGGAGACGACGGGUAGGGGCUACCUGAUCACUUAUAUCGACACUGGUCGUCGCGCGUCCUCCUAUUGGCUAAACGACCUGCGUGACCUCGGCUGCACCGCGGACCUCUACGAGCGACUCUACUAUGUCUGCAAGGUGACGCGCGAGUUUGCCGAACUGGACAACAACACGAUCGCCUGACGAUCGCCGGCGGAUUCCCGCCGCGAUAAUCCUCUUAAAAUUCCGUGAGAGACUCGCAAUGAGAUAUCGACCCAGGUAGCAAACCGACGUCGUUAAACGUCAGAGUGACGUCAUUCGACUGGGUAAAAAAUUUAAUUCUUAUCCGAGCAAUAUUCGCUUGCUUUUAAUAAAGCAGCGAUUACAUAGCAGUCGUAAUGAUUCUUUGGACAACUUGGAAAGUUAUUGAUUAACUAUGGGAGUUUUUGGAUAAAUCAGUGAAAAUAUCCGGACCCCAGUUACCAGGAUAAGGGUUUAAGGAAAGAGCGGUGGUGCAAGUACGUCACGAUAUGUACCGUUACGCGCAUUUCUCGAGAGAGGAGAGGAGGAAGGCCGUAAAUAAGAGUGUCAUGCGGAAGGUGUGUCAUACGAAAGCACUGCUGUGCGAGUGCUUCUGUUGAUUUACGAACCUGUAUAUUGUUUCCACAAAACCGGAAUAAAUUGUUCGGGCCGAAACGGGACGUAAGAUUGCAAGCGCAAAGACUAGUUAAAUUAAUAAGUAAAAUCGCUCGAUCAGACUGCCAUCGUCGAUUAUGACGAUGUCCCCUGAAUUCAGGUAAGCUACGUACAGCUAGUAUCGUUCCUCUCUCGUAUCGAUAUUACGCAUUGUAACAGAAUACACCUGAAAUUCCGAAAGCUACGCACUAUUUUUACGCACAGUGGCAUUUUUACACAGAUCUCUUCUCAUCUCUUGAUACGAAAAUAAUUGAAUAGAUAUGCAAAUUAUCGAGAUUAAUGUGAUAUAAACGUGGUAUAACCAAUUGUGAGAUAUUCACUGACACUUUGCAUUGUAACGAAAUUGCAAAACGAUCGCAACUAUGAGAGUGUCAACACUAUGUUACUACUACCUCUGUUAAAUAGAUAGCAUAGGUAGCUGUUAGAAUAUUUAUUUUUUAUGGCGCGGAUCUCCCUAGUUCAGUGCCUAUGUCGAGUAAGUAAUUAACAUUCGAUAGAUUAGUCUCUUGUCCGGAUAAAUCCGAAUAUAAUUUUAUUACAUUCGAUAAUGUGUCGUGUGACGUGUAGUAUCGUUGGAACGAUAGAAAUUUUUCCACGUACAAAACUCUUCUUCCGCUAUAAAAAAAGCACGCGUUAUAAAAAUCUAUAAACUUCGUUUCACGAUAUGUAUAUCGUGUUAAUAAGACACCGUACUGCCUGUUAAUUAAAUUACGCGAGAAAGUUGGACGUUUGAAUAUUUUAAGGCAAGCGAUAUCUUUACAACCAACGUAAACAAGUCCGAAAGAUGUGUAAAAACGUUUACACGCGGAUGUGUUUCUUUUUUGGAUCUCUCGAGACAUAUUUUAGACUGUCACGUUGUUUGAAGAAUUCAAUUUUCGUGAUCGUUAUUGCAAAAGACAGAUCUGACGUGCGAUAAUUGAGUGUGUGCAUUGCAAAAGUUGAAAGAGAAACAGAAAGAGAGAGGAUUAUCAACAAGAUUAGCCAUGUUCAUAAGACAGUAGCUGACUAAGGUGUAUAGGGUGUGUCUCUUCUACGUUAUUUUUUAAAGACAGAUUUUUGAAUAAAUUCAGAGUCUUAAUUUCAUACAGCUUUAUACGUAAUAAGAAGAAAUCUUCCACGCGUAUCGAAAGAGACGCUUGCGAUUCGUCAUCGAGUACUUAAAACCAACACAAAAUACAUCUUGUUGCGUAUGGAUAUGUAUGAGUGUGUGUACGUGUUGCUCGGUGCGAGGGUACGAAAAGCCUCGGAAAAUUCUUAGCAAAUCCUAGUCACGCUUUUUCCACUUUUUUAGAUUUUAAGACAAGCGACGAGUGUCACUGCCAUCGUUGUUACAUCGUGGUAACGCGUUGCUGCUGCAUCCAGGCUGUUACGUUUAAUAGUUAAUACGCGCUAUCUAUAUUAGUUGCGAAAGAGUACGCGGACUUGUUGGCAGUUUAGAAGUCGCUGGAGGACGCGAAAGUUUGCGACGAAGGUUUCGUGCGGUGAUGAGCCUUCUCGAUCAGACGGAAAAAGUCGUCUUCGUUGACACUUAAUCUUCUUAUUGCUAUAGACUAACUUUAUCAGUCCGUCUUAACGCAUCUCGGACCAAUUAGGCGAAUAGAACCGGUGAAACCGUCGCGCAAACUAAUUAUUAAUCGGUGACGCUCCCAGCCAUAUGUCGACGAUGACGAUGAACGUUCCAAAUGACAUUGGCGCGUCCUUUCGUUUAUCGCCCACGCGCGCGAUGUCGAAAGAAUCUCCGAGAGACGCGAUCGAUAUCUUGUCGUAUGCAUUUUUCCUGCACGCAACGCGUCCCGCCCGAAUUGUUCUACUUCCUGUUAUCGUAUACAUUAAUAUAUCGCUCCCAGGUAGCAAACUGACAAUCCUUAAACAUCAAACUAACGUCACUUUGACAUUUAAUGACGUCAGUUUGCUACUUGGGACUAUUAUAUAGCGUUAUUACUAGCUGCUUAGAUUUAUCAUUGUUAUUCUAUUAUUAUUAUAUAAAUAUUAUUAUUUUAUUAAUUAAUAUUAUAUGCUAUCGCGCUAUUAUCUCGCUAUCGAUGGUAUUAUACGUCGCGAUGGCGACAGCCGCAAUUUUAUCUUUAGUCCAAUUAUUAAUUAUUUACUGAUAAUGGCAAUUCGCUGCAUCGCAGAUGAGUUUGUUAUUUGCAUCCAACGUUGAAGAUGAUUGUCGUCGUCGUCGCAUGUAAAGAGUGCAGUGAUAUUAUCAUAUUUUAUUUUUUAUCAAGAUAUUUUUUGUUCUUUAUAUCGCAUUACACGUCUCGUGCAACGAAGCGGCAAUUAACACUAAGGAUCAGGAUCUCAGAAUUGUUGCUUCAUUAUUCGUCCUCUGUUAGAGAAGAAGAGGUGAAGCGUUCGAUUCGAAGCAAUAGGCGAAAACAGCAAAUUGUCUAAGUUAAAGGGAAGAAGAGUCUCGCUAGUGAAACAUUUAAUAAAGCUAUACGAUUUUGAUAAAGCAUCAAA